AUGCUACGAAGUCUACCGGCUCGGAAGCCACCUGGAAGACCUCGAAAGAAGACCAAGUGUCUCGCGCAGGAUGGCCCUCGGAAGUCCCAGUACUCGGUAGACGCGCUCAUCAAGCGGCUGGUUGACAAGCCUGCAUGUGUGAUUAACUGGAGCAUCUUACAGGUGUGGACGACCACUGACGAAGACGGCGAGGAAACGGAGCUCAACUUUGUUGGGAAAAUCAAGCCCCCAUUCACUCGCGGAGGCAAGCGGUACGGGAAGGUCGAGUACGAUGACCGCGAGGAAGUUGACACACUGGGCGUGGAAGGAUUAGCGAUGGCGAUCAACUACUCCUUCCAGAUGGGCCACAACAUCGUGCCAAGCUAA